AAUUUGACAUUUAUAUUUGUCGACCAGUUGACUGGCGAUGGAAUAGGUUAUAAAAUAACUAUGAAGUUUUUAUAAUUUUUUAAAUUAAAAUAAACAUAGUUACUUUUAUAUAUCUUCGAAUAUAUACUUAUUUUAUCAAGAUGGCUACUGUUUCAUCGGCUCCGGCUCCUGGGAUGCAUCAAAUUGAUCUAUCUAAACUAAAUAUUCACCAGUUGGCCAAGUUGAAACAGCAAUUAGAUCAAGAACUGAAUGUAUUUCAAGAUUCUUUACAAACGCUUAAAAUGGCUCAGGGCAAGUUUGUAGAAUCAGGUGAGAGCGUUGAGAAAAUUACACCGGCAACAAAAGGAAAGACCGUUUUAGUACCCCUCACUGGAUCAAUGUACGUUCCCGGCACCAUAGCAGACACGGACAAUGUGAUUAUUGACAUUGGAACUGGAUACUAUGCACAAAAAGAUAUUGAAGGAGCUAAAGAUUAUUUCAAAAGAAAAGUGGAUUUUGUUACUGAACAAAUGGAAAAAAUUCAAGUGUUGGGUAUAGAAAAAUCAAAAGUGCGAGAAGCAAUUGUUAUGAUGAUGGAUAUGAAAGUUCAGGCACAGGCACAGGCUCAAAAGUCUUCUACAUCAUAACACUAGCAUAUAAAGCUAUAUUACUUGCUUUACCUCAUAAUCCUUAAUUAUUUUUAUACUCAAUAAGUGCAUGUGUGGAAUUUAUUAUCCCUCGGUCAUCACUAUUAUUUCUUUUAAUGUUUGUAACAUGCUUGGAAGAAAUGGAGCUUAUGGCAAAAUUAUUACAGUAUUUUUUACUGAUUAAAGUUUUUUCUGUAAUAUUUAAUCUGAUUAAACUGAUUAAUUAUUA